AUGGCAUCUUCAGUUACCGGACCCGUGCCGUUGCCCGACUCCAGAUAUGACUUGUCCAGUUACUGGGGUAGGGUCAAGCACUGUGCAGAGAUUUCUGAUCCCACGAUGUUGCUCAACACGUCAAGCGAUAUCAAAAGGGCCAAACUCAUGAUUUGGGAAUACAGGAACGGUGUCAGACCCGAAAUGACUCCUGAGUUGUGGAGAGCCAAAAAGGUAUUGGACUCGGCAGUUCACCCCGAUACCGGUGACACCGUGAUGUUGCCGUUCAGAAUGAGCUCGUGUGUAUUGUCCAACUUGGUGGUUACGGCCGGAAUGUUAACUCCUAACUUAGGCACGGCUGGAACUCUUUUCUGGCAAAUCGCCAACCAGUCGUUGAAUGUUGCCAUAAAUACCGCCAACGCCAACAAAUCGCAUCCCAUGACCACCAAGCAGAUUAUCACCAACUAUGGGUUGGCGGUAUCGGCGUCUUGUUCGGUUGCGUUGGGAUUGAACUCGUUGGUGCCCAAAUUGAAGUCUUUACAACCAAACACCCGGAUGAUCAUGGGGAGAUUGGUACCAUUUGCAGCAGUGGUUUCUGCCGGUAUUGUGAACGUGUUCUUGAUGAGAAGUGAGGAGAUCAAGAAAGGAAUCAGUGUGUUUGAUAAUGAAGGAAAAGAGGUAGGAACCUCCAAAACCGCUGCCUUGUACGCGGUAGGAGAAACAGCAGCCAGUAGAGUCAUCAACGCUACACCUGUAAUGGUGAUCCCCCCGUUAGUUUUGGCCCUGUUACAAAAAACCCGGUUUUUAAAGGGUAAAUCAAAAGCAGUGGAAAUCUUGACCAACAUCGGGUUGAUCUUCUCCACCUCUUUGGUGGCUUUACCAUUUGCGUUGGCGGUGUUCCCACAAAGAAGAACUAUGGCGGUAUCAAAACUCGAGCCCGAGUUCCACAACUUGAAGCUGGCCAAUGGAGUGCCCGUUGAGACCUUACAGUUCAACAGAGGUAUUUAG